ACUCAGCAACCAGGUAGAGAGGAAUCGGUGCAUUCACAUCGUCACAUCAUACUUGUUGAUCCGUUCCGUAAGGGAAGAGCAGGACACUGGUUCGACUUGAGAUUUUACAGCACGUGUUUUACAGCACAUUUUAAACAUGUCUGUUGCGGGGGUGAUGUCUCUAAAAACAGCCUCCAAUAGGCAGGCGGUGAGCGGAGCAACAAUUCAGCACAAUGCUUUUUUAAGAUGUUGAAAUGUUUCUUCUUACACUCUCAGGCUAAAAGUAACAUAUCCACAGUAAUGGGGGAGAACAUACCCUAAUGUAGGAUCGUGUCUUCUGGACCUGUCUGACCCUAUAGUUUUGGACAUUAUUCAAUUUCAAGUGGCCGAACGUCUUGAAUGAGAAUGAAUAAAGGGGGCCCUCGGUCGACCACAUCGCUUCCACCGGAGCCGGUGGAAAUCAUCCGUAGCAAGUCGCACUCCCGUCGGGUGACACUCAAUGUUGGUGGUCUUCUCCACGAAGUUCUAUGGAGAACGCUGGACAGGUUGCCCCGAACAAGGCUGGGCAAGCUACGAGACUGUAACACCCACGAGUCUCUCAUGGAGAUAUGCGAUGACUACAGUUUGGAUGAUAAUGAGUAUUUUUUCGACAGACACCCUGGGGCUUUCACGUCCAUUCUGAAUUUCUCCCGCACGGGAAAGUUGCACAUGAUGGAGGAGAUGUGUGCUCUGUCUUUCAGUCAGGAGCUGGACUACUGGGGUAUAGAUGAGAUCUACCUGGAGUCCUGCUGCCAGGCCAGGUACCACCAGAAGAAGGAACAGAUGAAUGAGGAGCUCAAACGAGAGGCUGAGUCUAUGAAGACCAGGGAAGGCGAGGAUUUUGAUACCACAUGUUGUUUUGAGAAGCAAAAGAAACUUUGGGAUCUCCUGGAGAAGCCUAGUUCAUCGUUAGCUGCUAAGGUCCUGGCCAUCAUCUCCAUCCUCUUUAUCGUGCUGUCAACUAUUGCCUUGUCUCUGAACACCCUCCCGGAGCUACAGGACAUAGACGAGUUUGGCCAGGUGACAGACAACCCUCAGCUGGCUCACGUGGAGGCGGUGUGCAUCGCCUGGUUCACAAUGGAGUAUUUGCUCCGCUUCAUCUCCUCGCCAAGCAAGUGGAAGUUCUUCAAGGGUCCGCUGAACAUCAUUGACCUGCUGGCCAUCCUGCCCUACUACGUCACCAUCUUCCUGACUGAGUCCAAUAAGAGUGUUCUACAGUUCCAGAACGUCCGGAGGGUGGUGCAGAUCUUCCGAAUAAUGCGUAUUCUGCGUAUUCUGAAGCUAGCCAGGCAUUCCACAGGGCUCCAGUCUCUGGGCUUCACCCUGAGGAGGAGUUACAACGAGCUGGGCCUGCUCAUCCUCUUCUUGGCCAUGGGCAUCAUGAUCUUCUCCAGUCUCGUCUUCUUCGCUGAGAAGGACGAAGAGGACACUAAGUUUAAAAGCAUCCCGGCCUCCUUCUGGUGGGCCACCAUUACUAUGACUACGGUGGGGUAUGGCGACAUAUACCCAAAGACUUUAUUGGGCAAGAUUAUUGGGGGUCUGUGCUGCAUAGCUGGAGUGUUGGUGAUAGCCUUGCCCAUCCCCAUCAUCGUCAACAACUUCUCAGAGUUCUACAAGGAGCAGAAGAGGCAAGAAAAGGCCAUCAAGAGGCGGGAGGCCCUGGAGAAAGCCAAGAGAAACGGCAGCAUCGUCUCCAUGAACAUGAAGGAGGCGUUCGCACGUAGCGUCGAGCUCAUGGACGUAGUGGUAGAAAAUAAUGGAGAGAACAUGGGGAAGUUGCAGGGCAACCACCUGUCUCCCAGCUACAGGAAAGGGACUCCCAAGCGGACUACCUCAGAGACGGUUUCCGCCAAGUCCCUGGAGCCCAGCUCACCAGACAAAGCCCGUCCUGGAAGCCCUCAGCACCUCAACGCUCAGAAACUGGAGGAGAUGUACAACAAGAUGGCCAAGACCCAAUCUCAAUCUAACCUUAACAACAAGGACAAGAGACCUUUAUCUAAAGCAGCCAAGAAGAGAGAUGAGAUAGAGAUGGGAAGCAUCCCCACGGAGCCUGCCCCAACCACAGAUAUGAGGAGCAUGUCCAGUAUUGACAGCUUCAUGAGCUGCGCUGCCGACUUCACCGAAAGCGCCCGCUUCUCCCACAGCCCCAGCACCAGUGUACCAGGGAGGGUUAGCGCCAACCCCGUGCUUGAGAUCACCCUGGAGGAUGAGGCCAUGGACGGCCCUCACACUGCUACCAAGUUCCCUGGAGGACGAGGCUCUAAGUGCGGCCUCCCUGACAGCCCCCGUGGAAUGCGCUUCAGUAACCCUCUCAAGAACCGCUCACUCAAGGUCAACUUCAAAGGUGGAGGCGCGGACCCCUCCUCCUCCUUCUCAGCACAGGGUCCAGGGGGUGGGGCCCUCUCAGAUAGCUCCACCCUCUCUGACCACUCCUUCAUGAGUCCUGAGGUGUCUGUCUACACCACCGCCAGCAGCAGGACCCCACCUCAUGAGACCCUGAUCCCCACAGUCUUCACAUUCCACGACGCUUCCAUUAGUAAGUUCAUCGACGCUGACACAGACGAGGAGGAGCACCCCCAUGAUGGCUCAGGCACCAACCCCUCCCAGAGGCUCCUGGGAAAAGCCAGCCCCAAGCUCAGCUCCCAUAGCAGCCACCACAUUGCAGCCAACCACCUGGAGGGCUCCCAGAGGAUGCUGGCUAAUAGUGUGUUCCCCUUGGAGGGCAGGCCAGGGUGGGGACAGGAGAACCAUGUGCUCUCCCGGGUAGAGAGGAGUUGUUCAAACACCAAUAAUGAGAGCAAGUGAGGCAGGAGGAGGGAAAAGGUAGUAUAGAGAGCACCCAAACAGGAGGACAUGGUGCAAAUACUACAGAGAAAUAAAAUAAAACAUGAACUCUAACCCAUACCAGGAGCUGCACCUCUACUCACUUGAGUAAAAGGCACUGAAAACACAUUUGGCGUUUUGUUUUGGUUUGAAACAAAUGCCCAAUAAGUAGAACUUUUGGGACACAGGAAGGAGCUCACUCUUCCUUCCUUUUCCUGCUACUUGAGUGCAUAGACUGUCAGGAUGGCAGCAACAUUACUGAAGGCAUUAGGAGAUGCUACUGUGGGACUGAGAAAGAGAGGGUGCAUUGCUGUGUCCAAAGGGGAUACACAUAACUGCAGAAUCAGGUCAUGCACUGUAGAUUUAGCCAUUACUGAAUCAACAUUGUGUUAAGAGAAAUUUAGUUUGUUUUCUUCCUCAAAACUGGCCUUAGUUACAAUAUAUGCGACUGUGUGUAUGCACAGCAUGUGUGCGUGUGCUUGUAUGUCUGUGAGUGUAUGUUUAUGCAUGAUGAUAGGCAGAUAAACAUACACAUACACACACGGGCAUACAUCAUUUUAUGUAUAUUCUUUUUCCGUUCUUUUCAAAAAAAAAAAAAAGUAAAUAGCAUAAUUUCUUUGGUCUGUUAUUUUGUGAUGCUGUCUAAGAGGUGAACUUUCAUCCCUGUUGUAAUGGUCAGCCAUUACAGAGGACACAGCCACUGUCAUAUCCUGUCUGUUUCCCUAUUCCCAUCAUGCCCUAUUCCUGGCAUGAGAUAGUGAAAAAUGUGAUGAGUGAUAAAUAUUUUAAAUUCUGUACAGUGUAUUCAUUGUUGUUUUGUUUGUUUACUUAUGUGUUUGUUUUUGAUUUUUUGGGGGGUUUUAUGCAGACAGGUGAUAUUUACACACAGAAAACAGGAUAAGCCGGGUUCCUUUAUGUUUUAAUACUCUCUCAGAUGUGUGGUUGUGGUUGGUUGUCAUGAAUCAUAUCCAAUCACAGUUGCUACUGGGGAGGGGAUAAACAGCAUCAGCCCAUUAUCAGCCUGAAAACGUCAUCCUGGCACAUUUUUGCAAAAAGGUCAAAUGUACCUGAUGUUUUUCUCAAUACAUUGCAGUCAAUGGGAAAAGAUGAGUGUCACAGGGUUGUUGUCUUUCUCAAUACAUUGCAGUCAAUGGGAAAUGAUGAAUGUCACAGUGUUGACAUUUAUCUCAAUACAUUUCAGUCAAUGGGAAAAAGUUUGUGUCACAUGGUUGACGUUUAAUUUAAUAUUGCAGUCAAUGGGAAAAAGUUUGUGUCACAGGGUUGACGUUUAAUUUAAUAUUGCAGUCAAUGGGAAAAAGUUUGUGUCACAGGGUUGACGUUUAAUUUAAUAUUGCAGUCAAUGGGAAAAGAUUAGUGUCACAGGGUUGACGUUUUUCUCAAUACAUUGCAAUCAAUGGGAAAAGAUGAGUGUCACAGGGUUGACGUUUUUCUCAGUACAUUGCAGUCAAUGGAAAAAUAUGAGUGUCACAGGGUUGACGUUUUUCUCAAUACAUUGCCGUCAAUGGGAAAAGAUGAGUGUCACAGGGUUGACGUUUUUUUCACAAUACAUUGCAGUCAAUGGGAAAAGAUAAAUGUCACAGGGUUGACGUUUUUCUCAAUACAUUGAGUCAAUGGGAAAAGAUGAGUGUCACAGAGUUGACUUUUUUCUUAAUAUAUUUCAGUCAAUGGGAAAAGAUGACUGUCAAUCCAAGUGGCACAGUGGUCUAAAGCACUGCAUCUCAGUGCUAGAGGCGUCACUACAGACCCUGGUUCGAUUCCAGGCUGUAUCACAGCCGGCCGUGAUUGGGAGUCCCAUAGGGUGGUGCACAUUUUGUCCAGUGCCGUCAUUAGGUAGGCUGUCAUUGUAAAUAAGAAUUUGUUCUUAUCUGA